AUGGAGUUAAUGAGAGAGCUCAAUGACGGUGGUGCACACUUUGAUGGCUUUUUAUAUCAGGGUAGAACACUUUUCACAGAUAAAGUUUAUACUGGUAUUCCUAUAGUCGAGAAACUGAUGGAAAGAAAAACAAGAUUGUGUGGUACAUUGAACUCAAAACGAAGAGGAUUGCCAGAAGGCAUUAAGGAAAAAGUUGAUCAGAGCAGAAAAUUGGUAGAUAGUGGGAAAAAAAACAGAAAAAAUGAGCCGGUCCUCAAACCACAGUGUGUUCUAGACUACAACGCAGCAAAAAAGGGAACGGACUACAGUGACCAAAUGGCUGCCUACUACACAACCCUUAGAAAAACCCAAAAGUGGUAUAAAAAGGUUGCUGUUGAACUAUUAACAGAAAAUGUCAAUAUAAUGGACAUAACAGUGGAAACUCCACAAAAUGUGGAACAAGUAGAGUUGGUAGAAGAGAUGCCUGGCCCUUUGGCAAAGAAAAGGAAGAAAAACGAAAGAGCAUGGAAGAAAACUGUUGCAAAAGUUGCUAGGUUAACAAGCGCUAACAUGGAAAAUGUCACCACAGUCAAACUUUUCUCUGACGGCUGUGGUGGCCAAAACAAGAACACAACUGUUGUCGGUAUGAUUGCUCAUUGGCUCCUGAAAGAUGCACCUAAACAUGUUACUAAAGUUGUACUACUCUUUCCGGUAGUCGGCCAUUCUUUCAUUCCCCCUGAUAGAGUGUUUGGAGUACUUGAAAGGAAAAUUUCAAGAUCUGAGUGUAAUCAACAAUCCCAAUGA